AUGGAUAACAUUAACAAAAUUGUACCAACUUUUCAAGAAGAGUUUACAAAUCCAAUAUUUUUUAAAGAUUACUCGCAACAUUACAAUCAAAUUUAUAAAGAUAUAUUAAAUGGUAAUUUUUGCAAUAUUAACCCUAUUGAUGAUUUAGAAUUUGAAGCUCCAAAUCUUGAAAUGAUUGAAAAUGGAAACAAUGACAAAAUAAAUGGAAUUGACAAGAGAAAAAUUCUUAUUUCUUUAAAAAAGCAAAAGAAUUGGUAAAGCGGAAAUUUAAAAAAAUAAAAUCAAGAAGUAAUUGAUGGAUUACAUUCAUAAAGAGCUAGUGUAUAAGUAGUUCCCAAUAAACAAGGACAAGAGAAUGUUGCUGGAUCACCUUUGCUUCCAUAAAUAAACAUUUUAUAGAAUUUAAAAUAAUCACCCAGAAAAAAAAGUUUCAGUAGGUCGAUUCAUUCUAAAAAUAUUGGAGAUAAUAUCUUAUCAAUUUAAAAAGCAGAUUCUUAAUUCAAGAAUCAAAUUGAUACAUCUAAAUUAAUAAAAUAGUAAUGUCUAAAUCUCAACAAUAAUUCACUAAACAAUUAUCAGACAAUAAUUUAUUAUAAUAAAAAACUAUAAAGAAAGAGGAGUCAGGUAGAGAUCUUACAAUGGUAUCAUCUAUUAAAAUUCUAUUUCAGAUUCAAUUCAGUCGAAUAAGCAAUAAAUAAAUUUAUAAAAUGUAAAUUUUAAUUUAAAACCAAGAAAAAUGCAAAUCCUUAGAGUGUUAAAUUAGAAACCCUAUUACUAUAUGAUUAGAUGAUAAAAACAAAUAGAUCUAAAAAAAAGAUUGUAAAAAAUUUAAUUGAACACGGAUUGUUAGAUUAAUUUUAAGAGUUUAUGGAUGUUCAUAAAAAUUUCAAUUUAAAUGGUCUUACAGAAGAUGGAAUUCCAUUUAUUUCCCUUGCAGCAGCCAAUGGAAAUAAAGGUAUUGUUAGACAUAUGUUAAAUUUUAAUGUUAAUUUAAAUUAAAUUGAUAAACAUUUCAAUACUCCACUCCAAUAUGCUAUGUUCCAUAAAAAUUUUGAUGUAGCUGAUCUACUUUUACAAAAUGGGGCCAACCCUUCUAUGAAACUUUGA